CCACCGACCAUCACCUUCAUCAGCGCAGCAUGGAUCUCAACCCCAUCGGCGCCCACUGCACCUUGAGCAGCUGCCAUGAGCUCGAUCUGCUCCCAAUCCUCUGUCCCCACUGCUCCCACCAAUUCUGCCGCGCGCACUUCACGCCCGACAGCCAUGCAUGCGCCUCCGCCUCGCAGUCGCGCCCUCUGACGACCGCAGACAAGCUCGAGCGAUGCGCAGUGGACAACUGCGACAAGACUGCGCUAUCAAUGACUACCGCGGUCGCGUCUGCUAGUACUGUAUUGCCCACCUGCGCACAGUGCUCCGGCUUCUACUGCGCGGAACACCGUCACCCUGACUCGCAUCGAUGCUCGAGAUCUACUACGAAGACCUCGGCCCCUGCGACCAGCAAGCAAGACGCGGCAAAGGCAUUGCUCGCCAAGAACUUUCCCUCAGCGAGCAAGCCUCCUGCGAAGUCCACGAGCAGGACCAAAAAGCUACCAACUGAUCCUGUCAAGCUGGCUCAGUACCGCAAAGUCGAAGCCAUGAAGAUGCGCCAUAAGGCUACACCCGGCGAUCCGCGUGAUACAAGUGCGCCUCUUGAAGAGCGUCUACAUAUAUAUGUAGGAGCUAGCGACCAGACGGAAAUUAAGACACUUUGGGUCCGAAAAACCAUGUCCACUGGACGCGCUUUGGACUGUUUCGCUACGCUUUUCUCCCUGUCAUCUGGGCCCCAUCAACUAAUUCUCGAGGGCGAAGAAUCGACCAUUCUUCGCAACGACAUACCAAUUGGUGACCAAGUACAGGAUGCAUCGACUUUGCUUGUCUCGCCGCGCCCUUAA